CGAGGUUUCAAUGAGUCUGUCUGAGGGUGGUUCCGACGCCGUGGCGGGCCAUAUGCUGGUUGUGCAGCCGCCGUACCAAAGGCCGAAGGCGUGGUUGGCCAUACGCGAGUGCGGCAAGUAUACAUAUUUCGAUUCCCUUACGGACGUCCCGAACGACCUAACCAAUGUGGCCAUGUGGCGGUACGUGACAUCCAUCCAUCCAUCCAUCCAUCAAUCCAUCCACCCCUUCACACGUGUGGCGGUACGCGAGAUCCAUUCAUCCAUCCUUCCGUCCAGGCCUGAGAAGAUCUAUGAGGGGGACUUCGAGCAGUUCGGUAUCAUGGCCGUCGGUGCGGAGCUCGACAGGGAGGACACUGCAUCCCUCCUCGCGGCGGUUCGUGACGCCGUCGAUGACCUGCCGCAUGUCAUUGUGGACACCGAGGUCAGCAGGACCGAUAAACCCUCCUACCGCUGCAAUCGAUGUAUGCGCCAUGUGUGUCUGCCUUUAUGCGGUGCAGAGGAAGGUGGCUGCGUCUGCUCAAGCGUCGCGUGAGGAGGGGCGGGUGAUCUUCGCGCCAUGGUCAGGCCUGGGAAUCCGAGAUCGGUUGCCUGCGAUUGGCGAUCAAGCUUGCGGGGCCAUCAUGUAA